CCGACGAUGACACAUAUUCGGCUCCUCCCACCAUAACCCUAGAGCAAACCACUCAAAAUCCUAGCGCCGCCGCACUACAUCCUCACAAUCCCCACAAAGUUUGACCUCUCGUCGCGCAAAUCUGCAGAUCUACACAUCGCCCCAUGAGAGGGGGGAGGAUUCCUCUGGAAGUGUAGAUCCAUCCAGAAUGGCCAUGGUUGCACCUGAGAUAUGUUACAUUGACCUCCUUGAUGAAGACAUCCUUGCUAAAAUCUUUGCCUGCCUGCCGGAGCCGACGAGCAUCGCCCACUCUACCCUCGCCUGCAAACCGUGGUGUCAUGUCAUCACUGAUCACGGCAUCCUUCGCCAACACCGUCCGCCGGCCCUUUGUGGCAUUUUCCAAGAGGUCUACUCACCAGAAUUAGGCAAGCAUCGCAUGAUUUUUAGUCCCACCAACCAGGUGGAAUCACCGGAUCUUGUUGAGAAGAUCAAUAACGUCCAAACCAAUAUUGCCAAGUCCUUGCCCGGUGGCCCUUGGUCCAUCGUAGAUUCCUUGGAGAACCUUCUCCUCCUUUGGCAUGUACGCCCCAUCAACGACUCAGGGGCCAUGGAGAUAUGCGCGAUAUACAACCCUAUCAACCAUGACUUUCAGGAACUCCCUCCGGUGGUCAACUCCCGGUACAUCAAGUUCUUUGGUGCUUCCAUGUUGCGUGAUGACUCAGCAACUUCCUCAGAUCUGUCUUUCAAAGUGGUGUGCGUGGUGGCAGUGCUUAGUGACCAUGCUGAUGAGUGGAUCUACCAGACGUGUGUACAUUCGGGUGGCUCUGACAAUGGUGGCAGCUGGAGCGUCCUUCCAUAUCGGGCCAGCAGCAGGAUGACCCACAUCUGGUCCAUUAGUGGUAUUUGUGUUAGACAGGCAACUUGUGUUGGUGCUGCGCUAUUCCGUAACAUUCGAUACCUGCGCAGUACGGCGGCCUCUUACACUGAUUCCAUGUGGGUGUUGAUGUUGGACAAGCGCACUGGCGGGACUUCCCUGAUGGUCACGCCGCCCAAUAGCUGGAUGCUGCCGGAUGGCGGCGCGUUUGUGGAUUAUGGCAGGGGAAACGACGAAAAGUUGUGGUUCGUGUGCAUCGAUAGGCUCCUCGUGCUUCGGCUCUACAGCCACCCGAAGCCCCAAGAAAGCAAUGCUACUCAACUCAGCGAGCAGUGCUGUCUGGAGGGAAAGGUGGAGCCACAUCCGCUCAUCAUGGAGCUUGUCGUUGAUGCAACUGGCGCCGACAAGCAGUGUGCUCACAAUGUGUGUUCAUGCCAUGGGUACGUCUUCUUCAGCAUAGAAAAGUACGGGUAUUUCGCGGUGCAUCUGAGGAGUAUGCGUGUGCAGCGGCUGAGCGGCGUCCCUGGGAACUACAGGGGCCGUCUUUAUCCCUUCAUGUGUUGUAAUCUGAAUGAAUUAUUCUGAUGUUCGAUGGAUUUAUCUGCAUCCGAGUUUACAUGUUUGCGAAACUUAUGUAUCCGAAUUGUUCAUUUUUAUUGCUAUUUUAGACCAUCGAAUUUGUCGUUUGUUUCAUGUCAUGAAUGAAAUGGGAU